AUGGAGAUGCGCUCCCUAACCCGCAGCCUCCUCCGCGCGAGGCCGACAUCUCUCUACACCACCACAGCACCCUCGUCUAUCCUCUAUGGCCAAUUCCUCGCCAACCAGCGCUUCGCCUCCUCCUCCUCCACCACCACCCCUUUUCACGGCCCUCGGUCUCAAAACAAACCCUCCCCCUCUGACUCCGGCGCCUCCGACUUCGACCAAAUCCUCGACAAGCUCAACAUCAACAACGCAGCCCCGAAGUCCCAGAACCCGUACGCCUCCACCACCUCCGGAGCCACGCAGCAGCGCACCGGUAGCGACGGCAGCAGCAACAACGACGGCGCCCUCGCCGUGUCCCGCGCCCUCAACGCCGCCACGUCGCCCGUCGUGCCGCUGCGCAAGGUGGCGCUGAAGCUGGGCCCGUCGCUGGGCCGUCAGGUGCAUGUCGAGCCUGAGCGGGGGAUGGAUCUGGCGUCGUCGCUGCGGGUGCUGCAGAGCACGUGUAACCAGAACAAGGUCAAGCAGGACACGUAUACGCAAAAAUUUCAUGUGCGACGGGGUCAGGUCCGCAAGGAUUUGAGGGUGCAGAGGUGGAGGAAGUUGUUUAAGUACUCUUUUCAGCGGACUGUUGCGAGGAUUGAUCGGAUGAGGGCGCAGGGGUGGUAG